AUGUGGGCAAUCGGUGUCAUAACCUAUAUUCUGUUGACCGGCAUUUCCCCAUUCGCUGGCGAUUCUCAGAUCGAGACAUUUCAGAACAUUUUAGAUUGUAUUGUGGAUUAUACUCGUGAGGAGAUACGCGAUGCCACCGAUUUGGCCAAGGAUUUUAUCCGACGCUUGCUCGUCAAAAACCCCAAUUUGACAGAAUUCCAGAUGGGUGAAGCCGAACGAAGAAAGCAAACUUUUGAAACACAAGAACUAACCUCGCACACUCAUCCUUCGGAUGACCUGCAACAGAAUUGUCGAAGAGGCAGUGUGAUCAAGAAGGCCAAUCUGGACGGAUUGCGUCAUUUUAUUGCCGUGUCAGCUUCCAACGAAUCCAGUUCGAUGACGCCACCUCUCACACCCGUAAAAUUGUCUGCUGAGUCUGAUCUUGGUAGAGACUUUGCGAUUCCUAUAACCAUACCCAGACCGGUACCGGAGGAGGCACCAUUAUCUCCGUUGCUACUACAAACCGCCAACAAACCAGACUUUAAACGUGUUGAGAAAUCGCGUUCGCACAAUCGAAAACAUGGCGCACACCGAAAAUCAAAACGGACGCCGGAGGACAGAGAGAAUGUCGCUCAAGGCGGUGCUGUAAACCAAAAUAAAUCGGUAGAACUAAACGAUGUCCGUGUGAAGCAGGGUGAAAAUAAUCUACUGUCCAAGUCAGUUCAUCAAGAUUAUUCAGAGAAAAUUGCCUCGACUCAACCGGACUCGGAUGUACGACAAGAUGCGAACUUCGUGUCUGUUGCCCACGAUACGAAGGUCACUCCAUUGCCACGUACCCCGGGCGGAUGGCGAGCUAGUCUAAGUCACGGUCUGAUUGGUCGAUUGGGUGCUGCAUUUGUCGCGGCCGCAACCGGUCAUCAUGCCACGUCUCAAACACCGACACUACAAAUGAACGGAACUCGACGAACCAGUGAGACGAAUCAAACGGUCGAUCGACAUCCGGAUCCGAGCGAAAUGAUCAAGUCUACUUUGAUGAAUGAAUCGUAUUCUGAACGAGAGGUUCAUCGAAAAUCUAUCAGAAAUGAAGUUUUCGAAUCACAAGACAGCUCUGACGGUGGAACUGCUUAUUCGACUUCCUCUUCGAACUCAUAUAUGCAACUUUCGCAUAGUGUUGUCCAAUCCAAAACGGGAGAAUCAAACAAAGCAAUCCAUCGUGGAUUGCAAAUGGGUAAUGUGAGUCGGGCGGUGCAGGAGUUUGAAUCAUCCAUUUCCACGGAUUCCGAUGAACCUCAGUCACGGGAUACUCGUAACGGACGCUCACUCUCUGUAUUCACCCCGUCUAGCGAGUCAGACCGAAAGAUCUGGGACGUGCAUAAAGUGAAUAAGCCGUCCAACCCGAACCAUCAUCUGGGCAGUGAGCCAAAACGACACCAAGUCGGUCGCUUGCAAGAACUGUUCGAAAGCGGUGCGAUCACUCAGAAUAGAAGAAAUUUCCUCACGCGACCAGAUCCACAUCGCAGUCCGAAUCCAAAACCAGUUCCCGUGCUAAACAAACGUGACUGA